GUCCGUUCGCCCUUCUUUUUUUUAAAAAAAAAAAAUAACAUCUGCUCUUUCCCCUGAUAUUAUUCUACAACCAUGAGUUCUUCAGCUUGGCUCAGUCGAAUGAAGUUUGAAAUAACAAAUCUGGAAAACGAUCCUCCUCCCAACGUUAUUUGUUAUCCACGAGACGACAAUCUAGCACAACUUGAAGCCUUUUUGAAAGGACCGAUUGAUACACCUUACGAGGAAGGACUGUUUCAACUUGAUAUAACCGUACCAGAUAAAUAUCCUUUUGAACCACCUUUAAUACGAUUCAAGACACCAAUCUAUCACCCCAAUAUCGAUGAAGGCGGUCGUAUCUGUGCAAGUAUUCUAAAAAAGGGUGUCAACGAAGAAGGUUGGAAACCUGCCAUGAAUCUGCGUAACACACUUCUCUCAUUACAACAAUUGAUCGGUACACCCAAUCCAGACGAUCCUUUGGACGCUGACAUUGCCAAAGAAUAUAUACAAGAUCACGAUCUCUUCUCCAAGAAAGCCAAGGAACAUACUAAGAAAUAUGCCACUGAUUCCCAAGAAAAGGUAUCUUUUUUUUAAAAAAAAAAAAAGAAAA